UGGUUUUUUAAAAUAAAUUUUAGAAUUUUAUUAAACAAAUAAUGAAAAUUUCAAAUUUCGUGUCGUACUUUAUUGUCGUUCACCGAACCGUCAGGUGUCCAACCGAGGACACAUGUAAACUCACCGAAUUUCGACGUAUCUAAGGUUUCGGUGCGGAUGUAUCGUCCCCAUCACAGUCGGUCUAAUCUGUCGUUUCGCGCCCAUUUGCCUUGUCCCCGUUCACGACCGUUGAUAAUAACAAACAAUUCAAACAACACAGUCUUGCCUUUUGCGUCUGCUGCUGUCCAACCAUAUUACGCGCGUUUCAAUAACUCAACAUUAACUAAGUAUUAUAAAAUAUUAGUGUUUUUUUCAGCUUUUGAUUUUUCCGUCCGCACAGUUUCAAGUGAUUAUCGUUCUCCGAAAAGACCUUUUUAAAAAGAUCAAACUCAAAUUUCGACCUAAUCAAUCCCCGUUGAUAUAAUAUUAUUUAAUACAAAAUGGCUAUGGCAUCAUCUUCGCAUGUUGAAGAAGCUGUUGUUGAAGAUCAUGAAGAAGAUGACGGUCCAUUACUUAUUUCAAAACUUGAGGGCCAAGGAAUUACAAGUGGAGAUAUUAAAAAGCUUCAAGAAGCUGGAUACCACACAAUAGAGUCUGUUGCUUUUGCGACAAAAAAACAUCUUAUAACUAUUAAAGGCAUAAGUGAAGCAAAAGCUGAUAAAAUAUUGGCUGAAGCCUCAAAAAUGGUUCCACUUGGUUUUACUUCCGCUACAAUAUUUCAUCUUAAGAGAUCUGAAAUCAUUCAAUUAACUACUGGCUCAAAAGAAUUAGAUCGUCUAUUAGGUGGUGGUAUUGAAACUGGUUCAAUCACGGAAAUAUUUGGAGAGUUUAGAACUGGUAAAACACAACUGUGCCAUACUUUGGCUGUAACUUGUCAGCUACCUAUUGGUCAAAACGGAGGAGAAGGAAAAUGUCUCUAUAUUGACACUGAAGGUACAUUCAGGCCUGAACGAUUGCUUUCAGUAGCUGAAAGAUAUCAGUUAGUAGGAAGUGACGUACUUGAUAAUAUUGCUUGUGCCAGAGCAUAUAAUACAGACCAUCAAACACAAUUAUUAUUGCAAGCUGGUGCUAUGAUGGCUGAAUCUAGAUAUGCAUUACUGAUUGUGGAUAGUGCCAUGGCUUUAUAUAGAACUGAUUAUUCUGGUAGAGGUGAAUUAUCUGCUAGACAGAAUCAUUUGGCUAGAUUUCUCAGAAUGCUAUUACGUCUUGCAGAUGAGUUUGGUGUUGCUGUAGUAAUAACCAAUCAAGUAGUUGCUCAAGUAGAUGGGGCUUCUAUGUUUGCGGCAGAUCCAAAAAAACCUGUUGGCGGAAAUAUAAUGGCUCAUGCGUCUACAACUAGAUUGUACUUGCGUAAAGGCAGAGGUGAAACAAGAAUAUGCAAGAUAUAUGAUUCUCCUUGUUUACCAGAGUCCGAAGCAAUGUUUGCUAUUAAUGCUGAUGGAAUUGGAGACGCUAAAGAGUAAAUUGAAUAUAAUUUUUUUUUUUUUGUUAUAAAAUUUUCAUUCAUAAGAAUACCACAUUUUAAGUAUGUUUAGUUAAAACAAUUAUUUUUAUUGUGUAGAUUAAAAAAGUUAAAAAAAUUUUUUUUGACAUUUCCUAAUCUAAAAAUAAUAAAAUUAUAUUACAUUUUUUUAAAUUAUUCUUAUGUUGACAUGUUAUUUUGUAUAAUUAUCUUUUAUAUUAAAUAUAAUUUAUCCUACGCUUGUAUAUUAUGAUAGUGUUUUUUUUUUCAGAAGUAAUAUUAGUUCUUGUAUGCAAUUAUUGUAUUAUCAUGUGCAUAUCUAUUGUAAAUAUUUUAUAAUAACUGAUAUUGUAUUUAAACAAUACAAAAUUUAUAUAUUAAAAAUAUUGAUCUGAUGUCAUGUCAUGAAUUA